ACUUGUCACUCUUCCACUUUACCAACUUUUCUCUCACCUCCAAACAUGACUUCCCAAUUUCUCAUCCUCUCCCUACUCGUCUCUUGUCACGUACUCACUUCCACUCUCGCCGAUGAAACUGGUUUCGUCGGUACCCUAAACCGUAAGGAAUUAGGUUUACAUAAAAAACAUAAGGUAAUUAGCCAUUUCAGGUUCUUCUUCCACGAGAGGUUUACCGGCAGCAACGCCACCUCAGUGUCCGUGGUUCCUCCACUUCCAAACUACAACACCACUUCUUUCGGACUGGUGGGUGUCUCCGACAUCGCGCUGAGGGUGGGGCCAGAGCCAAACUCGACAGUGGUCGGAAAAGUUGAGUCUUUGUACGCCGGCACGUCGCAAACGGAGUUCGAUCUGUUGCUGGUUGCGAACUUUGUGUUGACCGAAGGGAAGUACAAUGGCAGCACCAUUGUUGUGUUGGGGAGGAACCGUCUCUCCCUUAAGGUGAGGGAGAUGCCUGUGAUUGGAGGAAGUGGGGUUUUUAAAUUUGCUACAGGUUAUGCAGAAAGCAACACUCUUUACCUUGAUGCAGAGAGAUCUUCAAUUGAGUACAACAUCUAUGUUUCACAUUACUGAUGACUACGUAGGAAAUGUGCUUAUAUGUGUCGAAUUUCUGUUAAUGUUCCAUAAACAGAUACGAUGGAAGGAGUUUUAGAGUGUUUGUUUUUCAUGGUGGUGAAGCUUCCAAGAAUUAUAUACAAGUUAAAUUGUACUUACAUUUAUGUUCAAUAACGUUGAAA